AUGGGAGCGUUUGUCAUCGUUGCGGCAGCAGAUCAGCUCUCCCACGUAAUUUCUCGAGAAAUUACUUUUUCUAGUUCUUCAUGGUUCCUCCACAGAGUGGACCAGCAGAUCUCAGAGGUUCCCAGUGCUCAGUCUGUCCAGCAGCACCAAACACACCUGGACUCCAUAUUUAUGCUGCUGGAGGAAAACAUUGUCAUGUUUGUGAAGAAGGAGCUGAAGCAGAUGCAGAAGGUCCUGAAUCCAGAUUACCCAGAAUGCUUAGAGAGUCAGAGGGAGGAUGAGGAGGAGUUGGAUGGUGAGGAUGAAGAGCAGAGGAGUAGCAGCAGAGACGCGUUUCUGAAGAUCACAGUGAACUUCCUGAGGAGGAUGAAGCAGGAGGAGCUGGCUGACCGCCUGCAGAGCGGAUCUUCUGCUUCAGUUUGUCAGGAUCAACUUAAAUCUCACCUGAAGCAGAAGUUCCAGUGUGUCUUUGAAGGCAUCGCUAAAGCAGGAAAGCCAACCCUUCUGAACCAGAUCUACACAGAGCUCUACAUCACAGAGGGAGGGACUGGAGAGGUCAACGAUGAACAUGAGGUCAGACAGAUUGAAACAGCCUUCAGGAAACCAGACAGAGCAGAAACAAGCAUCAGACCAGAAGACGUCUUUAAAGGCUCAGCUGGAAGAGAUGGAGCCAUCAGAACAGUGAUGACAAAGGGAGUGGCUGGCAUUGGGAAAACAUUCCUAACACAGAAGUUCACUCUGGACUGGGCUGAAGGCAAAACUAACCAGGACAUACACUUCACAUUUCUAUUCACCUCCAGAGAGCUGAAUGUGCUGAAAGAGCAAAAGUUCAGCUUGGUGGAACUUGUUCAUCACUUCUUCUGUGAAACCAAAGCAGCAGGAAUCUUCAUUUUUAAAUACUUCCAUGUUGUUUUCAUCUUGGACGGUCUGGAUGAGUGUCGACUUCCUCUGGACUUCAACAAGACUAAAACCCUGACUGAUGUCACAGAGUCCACCUCAGUGGAUGUGCUGCUGACAAACCUGAUCAGGGGGAACCUGCUUCCCUCUGCUCACCUCUGGAUCACCACACGACCUGCAGCAGCCAAUCAGAUCCCUCCUGGGUGUGUUGACAUGGUGACAGAGGUCAGAGGGUUCACUGACCCACAGAAGGACGAGUACUUCAGGAAGAGGUUCAGAGAUGAGCAGCAGGCCACAACAAUCAUCUCCCACAUCAAGGCGUCACGAAGCCUCCACAUCAUGUGCCACAUCCCAGUCUUCUGCUGGAUCACUGCUACGGUUCUGGAGGAUCUGCUGGAAACCAGAGAGGGAGGAGAGCUGCCCAAGACCCUGACGGAGAUGUACAUCCACUUCCUGGUGGUUCAGACCAAAGUGAAGAACAUCAAGUAUGAUGGAGGAGCUGAGACAGAUCCACUCUGGAAUAAAAAGAGCAGGAAGAUGAUUAAGUCUCUGGGAAAACUGGCUUUUGAGCAGCUGCAGAAAGGAAACCUGAUCUUCUAUGAGUCAGACCUGACAGAGUGUGGCAUCGAUGUCAGAGCAGCCUCAGUUUAUUCAGGGGUGUUCACACAGGUCUUUAAAGAGGAAAAAGGGCUGUAUCAGGACAAGGUUUUCUGCUUCAUCCAUCUGAGUGUUCAGGAGUUUCUGGCUGCUCUUCAUGUCCAUCUGACCUUCAUCAACUCUGGAGUCAACCUGCUGUCACAAAUAUCCUGGUUUAAACAUUUUAUGAUGAAACAUAGAACUUCACAGUUCUACCAUGGUGCUGUGGACAAGGCUUUAGAGAGUCCAAAUGGACACCUGGACCUGGUCCUCCGCUUCCUCCUGGGAUUUUCUCUUGAGAAAAACCAGACAUUCUUACAAGGUUUGAUGACACGGAUGAGUAGUAAUUUACAAACCAAUCAGGAAACAGUUCAGCACAUCAAGAAGAAAAUUACAGAGUUUCCUUCUGCAGAGAAAAGCAUCAACCUCUUCCACUGUCUGAAUGAGCUCAAUGAUUGUUCUUUAGUAGAGGAGAUCCAACACUAUCUGAAAUCAGGAAGUCUCUCCACAGAUAAACUGUCUCCUGCCCAGUGGUCAGCUCUGGUUUUCAUCUUAUUGUCUUCAGCAAAUGAUCUUGAAGUAUUUGAGCUGAAUAAAUUCUCUGCUUCAGAGGAGGCUCUUCUGAAGUUGCUGCCUGUGGUCAAAGCUUCCAACACGGCUCUACUGAGUCGCUGUAACCUGUCAGAGAGAAGCUGUGAAGCUCUGUCCUCAGUUCUCAGCUCUCAGUCCUCUAGUCUGAGAGAACUGGACCUGAGUAACAACAACCUGCAGGAUUCAGGAGUGACGCUACUGUGCGCUGGACUGAAGAGUCCUCACUGUCGACUGGAGACUCUCAGACUGAGUGUGUGUGACCUGUUAGAGAGAAGCUGUGAAGCUCUGUCCUCAGUUCUCAGCUCUCAGUCCUCUAUUCUAAGAGAACUGGACCUGAGUAACAACAACCUGCAGGAUUCAGGAGUGAAGCUACUGUCUGUUGGACUGAAGAGUCCUCACUGUCGACUGGAGACUCUCAGGGUGGAGCCUGGUGGAGUCCGAUGGUUGACACCAGGUCUGAACAAGUAUUUCUGUCAACUCACCAUCGACACAAACACACUGAACAGAGAACUACGACUGUCCGACAACAACAGGAAGGUGACACAUGUGGCGGAGGAUCAGUUAUAUCCUGAUCAUCCAGACAGAUUUGACUACUGGUAUCAGCUGCUGUGUAGUAAUGUUCUGACUGGUCGAUGUUACUGGGAGGUUGAGUGGAGAGGAGGAGUUCAUGUAUCAGUGAGUUACAGAGGAAUCAGAAGGAAAGGAGUUAGUGAUGACUGUUGGUUUGGAUCCAAUGAUCAGUCCUGGAGUCUGAUCUGCUCUGAUGAUGGUUACUCUGUCAGACACAAUAACAAAGAAUCACACAUCUUCUCCUCUGUGUCUGACAGAGUAUCAGUGUAUGUGGACUGUCCUGCUGGUUCUCUGUCCUUCUACAGAGUCUCCUCUGACAAACUGAUCCACCUUCACACCUUCAACACCACAUUCACUGAACCUCUUUAUCCUGGGUUUGGGUUUAUAUUCCGUUCUCCUCGUUCCUCAGUGUCUCUGUGUGAUGUGUCUUAGUGAGAGUUUGAUCCUGUCAGAGAAACGUUGUCAGAUAGAUGUAUUAAAACAAACUAUGGAGCAACUUGUGGAUUGUCGUUAUGUAUGAUUGUGUGCUCUUUGCAUUACACCUCUGGUGUAUGUCCUGAUCUCCCCAGCCAGUUUUUGAUUUUCUUUUCCCAUUAUCUUUCAUAUUACUCUUUUAUUAAAAUAAACUGCAAAUUGUCUCUCA